GCUGUCUGUGCGUGCCCACGUCACCAGCUCCCGCGGAAGUGCUGAAGAUUGGAAAUAGAGGUUAUGCAGCAUCGAGCACAGCGGGUGAAGGAGACAUUUAUCUUACAGCCAUGAGCUGAGGCUCUCCUAACCUAUCUGUCCCAAUGAUGAACGACAAGCUGGUGUUCCUGGGUCUCCUGUACUUCAUCCAGGGUAUCCCAUAUGGCCUGCAGUCGUCCCUGCUCCCAGUGUACCUGCGAGGUGCCGGCCACUCCCUCACUCGCAUCAGCCUUACCAAAAUCCUCUACUUCCCCUGGGUGCUCAAGGUCCUUUGGGCUCCUCUGGUGGACCGUACAGGCACCAAGCGCUGCUGGUUGGUGGGCACAGUAUCUGGCUUGGCCCUUACCUGUUUGGUCAGUGCCACCCUUGCACCUGAUGUUCAGUACAUGGGUGUAGCAGGCUCCCUGCUCGCUAUGAAUUUGCUGGCUUCGGUUCAGGACAUUGCAGCCGAUGGAGCGGCUGUGCGGCUGCUGAAGGGGCAGGGAGAGGUGGGCCUCGGGAACACGGUUCAGGUAGUGGGAUAUAAAGCUGGAUCUGUGUUUGCUGGAGGAGGGCUUCUGGCUGUGAUUGAUGUUGCAGGAUGGGGCUGGAUGUUUACUCUGCUGGCCUGUCUGUAUGGUGGUAUUGCUCUGUUCGUGUGGGGUGCCCCGGUGUUGGAUGGAGAGUCGGCACGGGGGCAAGCAGAAGGACGGAGAGGGUCAAGGGAUGCGAUGCAGCCCUGGAAGGUUUGGAGGAAACUUCUGUCUGUGCCAGGAACAUCAUGGACAGCAUUCUACGUCCUUACUUACAAGCUAGGUGAACAGGGUGCGAUAACCAUGUUCCCACUUUUCCUGCUGGACCACCACAUGACAGCCAGAGAGCUGGGGGUGUGGAACGGGGUGGUUGCCAUGGCAUUCUCCAUCUGUGGCUCCUCAAUUGGGGGCUUUUUACUCUCCCAAUACAGUAUUGGACUGCUUAUGAGACGUGUGUUUAUGAUGCGGACGUUCAGCAUGGUCUUCCAGAGCUCAUUGCUAGUAGUGCUGGAACCUUCACCUCUUAUGAAAGGUAUGGCUGUGCUGAGUCUGGGUUUGCAGCAUUUCAUAGCCGGUCUCAUCACGACUCUCACCUUCACCUUGAUGAUGAACUGCACCCAGAGAGCCGAUGAGAGCAUACAGGCCACCCACUACAGUUUUCUGGCCACUCUUGAGGUCCUGGGGAAGCUGAGUUUUAGCGCCCUGGCUGGGGGCAUGGUGGACACUGUGGGAUACCCCAUAGCCUUCAUCCUCUUCCUCUUUCUCACAUCCAGCAGUGCUCUACACGUGUGGAAAGCCACAGAGACCGGCAUCCUAAAGGAACAGGCCAAAGGGCAGCCUCAGUGACCAGUAUUAGCCAAUCAGAUGGCACCAGUGUGUGAGCGUGUGAAGAGGUUUAAUUGUGUGCAGAGUGUAAGACUGGUAACAAAAAACCAGUGAUGCAAACAUUUUGGGUUUAUUUAAGACAUAACCAGCAUUAACACUGACAAGAACCACACGGAGCACUUUCAACAAAAGCCAGAAGCUCACAUUAGAACAAUGCAAUUUUUUUACAUCUGCAAUGAAUAAGCAUGAAAGGUGUAGUCACGGCUCUGAAUGGCAAAACUUUGAGGUGUAGAAAUGUUGUUAACUGUGCCUGAAGAUUAAAUGGAGACCAAGUGGAAAAAUACCAUAAGUCAGAUUCACCUCUAAUGGAUAAUGUUGAAAUGUAUAAAUCCAUUACUUUUGCUUCAAAAGUUAAACGCGCACUAGUCAUUUACACAUUCCAUCAUAAACACUGUUUAUUGAACUUAAAAAUUAAACAAAAAGCACAUAUUAUUUUCUCCUUUUGUGGUCCGACCGACCUAAUAUGAAUGUCCGUUAUUUACCUUUACACUUUAUUUAAAUUAAUCAAAAUAAAAUGGGACAGCUGUGAGUAUUAAAAUGUUAAUAUAGCUUAGUGAGUGUUUUUAUGUAUUCUAAUUGCAAUACUUGUAUUAAAGAGGCCAUAUCAUAAUAAUGCGUUUUUUCCUGAUCUUUUUCAAUAGCAAAAUGUGACUUAUAAAAUCUUCUCUUUUGGAUUUUCUGCAAAUUUGUUUGGAAGAACAAAAUAGAUCCCUAUUAUUAUUUAUUAUGAAUUCUUUUUAUAUACACAUGCAUGAAUUGCCAUAAAAAGCAAAUCUUUUCUAACGCAAAAAGCUGGAACUCAUGGCAAAACUCUGUGGUAUGACCUCUUCAAUGUUUGGAAAAUACUGUAUGUUGAUUCAUUCAUUGAAAUGUUAUUUUUUACUGUAUGAUGUAUUUCAGUUUUCUGCAUUCACUAUGCAAUGACACAAACAAAUAAUUCAGUUAUUACAUAUAGCUUUGCUUCUCAUCGGACCUAUGUUGGAGGUUCUCAAAGUGAAAGUUAAAGACAAUAAUAAUAAUGUACAGAAUAAAUGUAAUAAUGAAUUGA